CUUGUGCAGGGUGCAGUCGCACCACGAGAACAAGGCAGCUGUGCUAUUGCUUUUUUUUUCGGGUAACCUGUGCUGUUGCUUGCUACAUAUGCCGCCCGUAGUCCGUAGUGCCCCGUCCGACAGCUCAUCUGUUACUUACUGUACUGCCUGAGAGUUCGUGCAUCGAUCAGUGGCAAGAAGAACAUAGUGCAGAAUGGAGGCCCAAAACAAGGAAGCCGUGGAUGCCCUGGUCCAGAAGAUCACGGCGCUGCACGGCGCCAUCGCCAAGCUGCCGUCGCUCAGCCCGUCCCCCGUCGUCAACGCGCUCUUCACCGAGCUCGUCACGGCGUGCGUUCCCCCGAGCCCCGUGGACGUGACCAAGCUCGGCCCGGAGGCGCAGAGGAUGCGCGAGGGCCUCAUCCGCCUCUGCUACGAGGCCGAGGCGAAGCUCGAGGAGCACUACUCCGACAUGCUCGCCGCCUUCGACAACCCGCUCGAUCACCUCGCCAUCUUCCCUUACUACAUCAACUACAUCAACCUCAGCAAGCUGGAGUACGAGCUCCUGGCACGCUACGCACCCAGCUGCGUCGCGCCGGCGCCGGCGCCCUGCCGCGUGGCGUUCAUCGGGUCCGGGCCGCUGCCGCUCAGCUCGCUCCUCCUCGCCGCGCUCCACCUGCCGGCCGGCACGCUGCUCGACAACUACGACUCUUGCGGCGCGGCCAACGACCGCGCCAUCAGGCUGGUCCGCGCGGACAGCGAGAACUUGGGCGCCCGCAUGUCGUUCCACACGGCCGGCGUGGCGGACCUUGCCGAGGAGCUCGCCGCGUACGACGUUGUCUUCCUGGACGCGCUCGUAGGCAUGACCGCGGAGUACAAGGCCAAGGUGAUCGCCCACCUCGGCGCGCACAUGGCGGACGGGGCGGCCCUCGUCGUGCGGAGCGCGCACGGGGCGCGUGGGUUCCUUUACCCGGUCGUGGAUCCUGAGGACUUGGGUCGAGGUGGGUUUGAGGUGCUGGCCGUGUGCCACCCUGGCGACGACGUGAUUAACUCCGUCAUCAUUGCACGCAAGUCUGAUGAUAUGCAUGCCAAUGGACUUCAUGGUCGCCGUGGACACCCGCCCGGCCCGGUGCCAGUGGUCGGCACGCCCUGCAGGUUUGAUAAGAUGGCGAUGGGCGUGACCGCCGAACCAAGGAACCAGCGAGCUGGCGGUAAUAAGCCGUUUCACGCCGACAAAUGAGUCGUCGUUUGCGUGUGUCGUCAACAAUAUUCCUCUCGCUUGCAGGCCUGAUGUUUUUUCUCUACUACUUACCUAAUUACUAUGCAUUCAACUUUCGAAGUCAGGUAAAUGUUGUUUACCUUGUGCUGUAAGUGUAUGUGGUGUUUAAGCGUACACAUCCAUGUAUGUAUGUACUACGUGCCAUGAAAGGCAGAGAGGAGGGGCAAUGUGCCAAGGAAUAAUAUGUGUGUGUAAUUGCAAGAUUAA